AUGACUAGACAUUCACUUUAUUAUAAGCUGAGCAAAUGCUCUUUUGUGACUAUAAAGGUAGAGUACUUGCGGCAUUUCAUUUCUGAAAAAGGAGUUGAAACUGAUCGCACUAAGAUCAGUGCACCUAACUAUCGGCCAAGUCCAGCUACAGUGAAAGAAUUGAGAAGUUUCAUGGGCCUUUCUGGUUAUUACAGGAGGUUUGUUAAGGAAAAUGUUGUCAUGAGUAAACCAUUGACUGAGUUACUGAAGAAGGGUGCUUUUGAAUGGAUUGAAACAUCUCACAAGGCUUUUAUUCAAUUAAAAGAGGCUUUAUACAGUGCCUCAGUCUUGGUUGUUCUAGAUUUCUCAAAGAUGUUUGUAGUAGAGACUGAUGCCUCUAAUUAUGGUAUUGGUGUUGUCUUAAUGUGGGAACAAUACUUGAUAAGUGCUCACUUCAUUAUCAAUAUUGAUCAAAACAGUCUUGGAUGGUUACUGCAGUAA